AUGACUGGCAAGACGGUUGUAAUAUUGGGCGGCUCCAUCGGCGGUCUCGGCGUCGCCCAUCGGCUGCUCAAGCACACUCUGCCCGACCAUCCGGAUCUCCAAGUCAUCCUCGUUUCCAAAAACAGCCAUUUUUAUUGGAACGUGGCCGCCGUGCGGGCCAUCAUCCCCGACCUCCUCCAGGAUGACGAGCUGCUGCAGCCCAUUGCUCCGGGCCUCGCGCAGUACAACACGGCCGCGCACCCUGGCGCGGCCGAGUUUAUCCUCGGCGGCGCUCAGUCCAUUGACCCCGCCGCGCGCUCCGUCACCAUCUCGACGGACGAAGACGGCACCACCACCACCACCACCACCUCAACGCGCGUCCUCGCCUACGACUACCUCGUCAUCGCAACGGGCUCGCGCUCCGCCGCGCCGGGCCUGCCCUGGAAGGCCGAGAGCACGCACGCAGACCUCGUCGCGAGCAUCCACCGCACGGCCGCGCGCGUCCGCGCCGCCGCGCACAUUGUCGUCGCGGGCGGCGGCGCCACCGGCGUCGAGGUCUGCGGCGAGCUGCGCCACGAGUUCCCUGACAAGACCGUCGUGCUCGUGUCCGCGGGCGACGCGCUCGUCGGCGGCGACCAGACGGCGCCGGCGCUGGAGCGCGCGCUCGUGAGCAUGGGCGUCGUGCUGCGCAAAGGCGUGCGGGCUGUCGGGACAAGAGACGCGCCCGACGGCCGCACACAGGUCGCGCUCGACAAUGGCGAGACGCUGGUGACGGACGUUUACCUCCCGACGGUGGGCAUGGCGCCCAACUCGGAGUGUAUCCCGAAAGAGCUGCUGGAUGACAAGAAGCACGUCAAGGCGGACGACUACAUGCGCGUGCCGGGCGCGGACAAUGUCUGGGCCGUGGGAGAUGUCGUUGGGAAACCCACUGCCUCGUACCUCGUGACAGAGGCGCAGGCGAGCUGCGUGGCCAAAAACAUUGCGCACGUUUUGUCUGGAAAGGAGCAAGAACGACGAGGGUCUGUCAUGGAUAUAGUUCUCUUCUCCACGGGUCGCUCGAGCGGAGUUGGCCGGUACCGCUGCGUGCCGAUCCCGUCGAUUGCGGUGUGGAUUGCCAAAUCACGGACCCUGGGCGUCGAACGAACGCCCAAGUUUGUCGACGGCUCCAUGUGGUGA